CGAUCAUUGAAAAGAAACCAUCAAAAAAAUAAAAAAUGUCAGACAACGGUGAAUGGUCCACUCAUCACGAUAGCCAGGAUGUUGAUUUUGAGAGAACUACUCCACCGAGGGAUUUCAUCGAAGACGAAAAUCACCAUCAACAGUCAGACUAUCACGAUGAACAGCACAGUCGUCAGCCUCAUCAAUCAGACUACAGUCACGACGACAGCCAGUCUCAAUCUUCUGCAGCUUCUAACAAAGGUAAUAUUGUUCACGUUUCUCACAUGCACGUCGGCGUCGAUGAUCAAUUACUUACUGAGCAUAUGUCUUCAUCUGGAAAGGUACUUAAAGUCGUUAUCAUGUUAGACCCUCACACUAGGGAAUCUAGAGGUUUUGGUUUCGUCACUUUCGAACAGCCACAGGAAGCUGAUGACGCUAUUGAAAAGUUACAUUUAUCACAAAUUUUAGGUAAAACUAUCACUGUCGCUAGAGCACGUAGACAACGUCCACGUGAGCCAACUCCAGGACAAUACAUUGGUCCACCAAAGUAUGACAAGUCAAUGUCUGCUCCAUAUCAGAGACCUCAAAGACCUCGUUACCAACCUUAUCCUAGAGAAUACAGCUCUUACGACCGUUACGAACGUUAUCCUCCACGGUACGCUAGUUAUCAACGCCCAUACAAUUAUAGAUAUGGUGAUCAAAACAACAGGUCUUACCCACCACCACCACCACGUGAUUACAGAGAAUACGGUCCACCACCAAGGGACUACUAUGGCGGUAGUGGCUAUAAACCUUACCCACCACGCCCAUAUAAACCAUACAGACCAAUGCCUCCACGUGAUAGAUAUGAUUAUAGACCACCUCGUGAUGAGUAUUCAAGAGGUCCUCCAAGAAAUUACCAACAAAGAGACUAUGAUAGUAGACCACCACGUGAUGAUUUUGAUAGAAGACCUCCUAGGAACUUCCCACCAAGGGAUGACUUUAGAGGUCCACCAAGAGAAGAUUUCAGAGUACCAUCUAGAGAUGACUUUAGGGGUCCACCAAGAAAUGAUUUUAGGGGUCCACCAAGAGAUAAUUUCAGAGGUCCACCGAGGGAUGACUAUAAUGCCCCACCUAGAGAAGGCUUCAAUGGCCCACCACCAGCUGACUUCCCAGCGUCACCAAGAGAUUACUGAGGGUUACGAGAAGUAUUAAAACUUCCGAUGAAGCCAAACGUUUAACUAUUUAUAUAUAAAUAAUUGUACAGAAAUUCAUGCCUCUUCUUUUCAA